UUGGAUCUUCUAUGAUGGCAGAAACAUUCUCUCUUUCGCCAAAUAUUUGUCAUCUAUAGAUGCACAUCAAAGGCAGUGAAGCAGGCAGUGCAUCGACAAAUCCCAAUACUAGUACGAACUAUGGGUUCAUCUUUAGAUCUCCUUGAAACUAUUUCGGAUCCUCCAAACGGAAGCGAGAAUCUUCUAAUGCAGGUGUUGCAUACACUUACAGAUGGUACGAUCCCUUCUAAGGAUUUAAUAAGCACUGUGAAAAGGUUGCAUGAUUCAAAACUCAAGGACGCCGAGGUUCUUAUUCCGGUAUUACCAUUCCUAUCAAAUGAAGAGGUAAUACCGAUUUUUCCUCACAUUGUGAAUCUUCCUUUGGAGAAGUUCCAAACAGCACUUGGUCGCAUAUUACAGGGAUCAUCACAGUCUGGUCCGGUGCUUUCUCCGGCUGAAGUUUUAAUUGCAAUUCAUGGAAUUGAUCCUGAAAGGGAUGGAAUUCCCUUGAAAAAGGUGACAGAUGCAUGCAAUGCUUGUUUUGAGCAGCGACAAACUUUUACGCAGGAAGUUAUUGCAAGAGUUUUGAAUCAGUUGGUUGAGCAGAUUCCUCCACCUUUACUAUUCAUGCGUACAGUGUUACAAGCAAUUGGUGCUUUUCCAACACUGGUGGACUUUAUCAUGGGGAUUCUUUCUCGCCUUGUGACAAAGCAGAUAUGGAAAUAUCCUAAGUUGUGGGUGGGAUUCUUGAAGUGUGUGCAGCUGACAAAACCACAGUCAUUUAGCGUUUUGCUUCAGCUGCCUCCAGCACAAUUGGAGAAUGCAUUAAAUAGAAUUUCAGCCUUGAAGGCACCAUUGAUUGCACAUGCUAGCCAACCAGAUAUACAAUCCAAACUUCCGAGGGCUAUGCUAGUUGUUCUUGGAAUUGCAUCCGAUUCUCAAGUCUCUUCAAGUCAAGCACAAACUACUCAGACACAGAUUACUCAGACACAAACUAGUCAGACACAAACUAGUCAAACACAAACUAGUCAGACUACUCAGACACAAACUAGUCAGACUACUCAGACACAAACUAGUCAAACACAUACUACUCAGACACAAACUAGUCAAACACAGACUGGUGAGACAAGCAACUCAGACAAGGACACAGUGACAGAGAAAUCUAAAGAAUCAUCUACCGCGAGCUAAAAUAUAAGCAACCAUGUUGAUGUGGUGGAAUUUACUAUUCAACUGCGAGUCUCAGGUUGAAUUAGCCUAGACCUGACCGAGACUAACCGCAAUCAGCUCUGUCCGACAGAGGAAUAAGGAGCUAAUACUCAUAAUUCAACACAUUCAGAUAGCUAAAUAGUUGGGCUGUGCUCAGGGUUUUUGUGCCCUUCUCUGUACCUUGGCAUUAGGCAACAACCUAGCGUGUACAUGUAUAUAGAUGGAAUAAUGUGUAUUGGAAUGGAAUGGGUUCCUAUUUUGGCCCCAAUUUUAUUUUAUUUUAUUUACUGUUUGAACAUAAUGUGUUCCUAUUAAAAUGUGUAUAUACACGUUGAUUUUCCCCAGUGGAAACUUUUUUA